AUGAAGGUCUCCUCAAAGGAGCAGGAUUCGUUUGGUUUAUACUUUACCCGUGCAAUUGUAGUAGCGCUUCUUGGGAUUGUAACAUAUGUUACAGUGGCAUACUGUUUUCAUGUGUACUAUGAUAGAGAAUCUGCAUUCCGAGAUGCAUUGGCCUGCUCUACGCGUGUAUUGGACGAACACAAUAUAAUAUUUUGGUUACAGAACGGUACUCUUCUUGGAUCCAGACGACUAGGGAGAUUGAUACUUUGGGAUGCUGAUCUUGAUAUUGGAUAUAAAAAGAUUCCUAGUAGAGAAAAUACCCUUACCAUGAUGCAAGAGCUAGAUUCCAGAUGCUUUGGCUUUUCUUCAAGUAUUCGCUCAGGUGCUCAGAAUCAAAUAAAUAUUUACCGUAAAUGUACCAAACGAAUUUGCGCAGAAUUUCAUGAAACAGUUAUAGAAAAUGGAAUUGUGACUUCUGGCGAUGGUCAUUCUCCGGAAAAGGAACUGUUUCCUCUUGAAAUAUGCACAGUUGCCGAUGUUGUAGCUAAGUGCCCACACAAUGCGCCGUUUUACUUGAUGGAAGCAUAUGGUAGUGAAUGGUUGACUCGAUCGCUUUCAAAGUUAUUCUGGGGUUAA